AUGAAGAUUAUCCUGGCCAUCAACGCGGGAUCUAGCUCCGUCAAGAUCUCCGUCUACGCGGCUGAGCCUAAACAGCCACCCCGCCAGCUCGCAGAGACAUCAGUCAGCGGCCUCACGGCCCCACCCGCUCAGAUUUCCUAUACGUGUGCCGAUGUCGAGGUCAAGAAAGACGAAAAGCUCCAGGACAAGGUUGCCACCCAGGACGACGCCUUCAAAGUCCUUCUGAAGACGCUCAUAGACGACCCGGAGCUGUCUCAAAUCAAGGGAAAAGACGACAUUGCUCUGACUUGCCAUCGCAUCGUACAUGGCGGCGAUUAUCCUUGCUCGCAGGUAAUAACCUCGGACACGUACCAUCAUUUGGAGGAGCUCAGCGACCUUGCCCCCCUUCAUAACGGCCCAGCUCUCAAGAUUGUCAAUUCCUGCGUGGAGCAGCUGCCUGAUGCUAUCAACGUCGCCUGCUUCGAUACCCAAUUCCACUCAUCGAUUCCGGAACACGUUCGGACCUAUCCCAUCAACCAAGAAAUCGCCAAGAAGAACCAUCUGAGAAAAUACGGCUUCCACGGCAUUAGCUACUCCUUCAUCACGCGAUCCGUGUCUGAAUUUCUCGGCAAAGAUCCCAAAGAUAUCAACAUCAUUGCUUUGCACCUGGGAAGCGGAGCAAGUGCCUGCGCCAUUCGCAAUGGCCAAAGCUGGGAUACCAGCAUGGGCCUCACCCCUGUUGCCGGCUUACCGGGGGCGACAAGAAGCGGUAACGUAGACCCCAGUCUGGUCUUCCACUAUGCGAGCGAUGUUGGAAAGUUAUCUCCCAACUCAACAUCGGAACUACAUCUUACAGAGGCCGAGGAGAUCCUCAACAAGCAAGCCGGGUGGAAGUCGCUCACAGGAACUACCAAUUUCGGUACCAUAGCAACCUCCGACGAGCCUACCCACAAGCUCGCUUUCGACAUCUUUAUUGAUAGGGUGUGUGGCUUCAUCGGCUCAUACUUCGUCACUCUUGGCGGUCAGGUCGACGCUCUCGUCUUUGCUGGCGGCAUCGGUGAGAAAAGCGAUAAGUUGAGGAGAGAGGUCGUUGACCAGUGUGCCUGCUUGGGCUUCACGAUUGACGCCGAGUUGAACGAGAAGAAGAUUGAAUCCACUGUGCAAGAAGUCGGAAAGCCGGACGGUAGGUCACGUACCUUGGUUUGCAAAACAGACGAGCAAUUGGAGAUGGCGAGGUUGUGCACCGAGAAGAGUGAGCUUUGGUCUUGA